AUGAUAAGGAUUAGAGCUUUAACAAGAUCUUUUUCAAUUAUAAAACAUGAAGGCUCGCUUAUAGAUUUUUAUUUGAAUAGUGUCCCUGGCCCUGGCUUAACGCCAGCAUUAGCAGAAUACACAGAACUGCCAAGCACAGGUUUAUUUUCAGGAUUUUAUGAAGCAAUUCGUGACUUCUCGAUAGUAAUAAUUACAUAGGACUCGUUCAUGUACAUAAAUAGCAUGGGUUAUGGAAUAGGAUUUGGAAUUAUCGCAUUAUCUGUAGGUUUUAGACUUUUAUACAGCCCAAUAAUAUUAUGAGCACAAGUUAUAGCUCUAAAAACAAAAAUGCUUGCACCUGAGAUGAGUAUAUAUAAUAGAGACACCGCUGCACUUAUAAAGUCAGGCAACACAAAGCAGCUGCAAGAGCUGAAAAAUGACUUUUUAAAGCUCAAAAGAUCUUAUGGAAUUAGAAAUGAUGUCCAAUUUUAUUCAUUGACACAAGCCCCGUUUUUAUUUUCUUUCUUUUUUACGCUCAAAAAUUUGACAAAUUCACCAGAAAAUUUCCCAAGUCUUCUUUCAGAUGGAUUUUUAUGGUUUUCAAAUUUAGCAAUCCCAGAUCGGAUUCGCUUUGCAAAAUUAUCCAAAAACAUCAUGGAGCUGGUUUCGAGAAAUUUCUAGAAGUCGUUUUAGAAAAUAAAAUAUAAACUCUAUUUUCAACAAAAAUAGAAAAAGUUGAAAAAUUUAUUCGAAUUUAUUUAUUUUCGUCAAAAAGCUAGUUUAUAUUUUUCGUUUUAGAGCGACUUCUAGAAAUUUCUCAAAAUCAGCUUAUGAUGUUUUGUAUAAUUUUUUGCGGAGCCCCAGAUCCUUAUUAUAUUCUUCCAAUUUCUAUUUCUAUCUGCAAUUAUUUGAGUAUUAAAAACAGCACCGCUAUUCCUGGAAUGUAUGGCCCCUUGGCUAAAAAUUUAAAAUAUUUUGCAUUCCUAGGAAUCCCAGUAUCUAUGACAAUGCCAUCUGCUAUCGUUUUGAAUUGGUUUAUCAUGAGCUUCUUCCAAUUAAUAAUAAACUCAUUAGUUUACACAAAGACUGGGAGGAAAAUCAUAAGGAUUCCAGAAGUUUUGCCAGGAAGUCUGCAGGAUAAGUUGAGUAAAAAACUAGCUGCUCAAAAUUUAAAAACAAUUGAUUUCUCGAAAAAAAAUAAUUAA